AUGACUUCUAGAAAUGAAACCAUAUUUUAUGGCGAUAACCGUUUAUUAUAUAUUAACAGUUUAUAUGAAAACAAUCCUGAUAAAAACAUAAAAAAUAUUAAUUCAUUAAGUGAUUAUAUAAGUAAUAAUGCAAUGAGUGAUGAAAUAGAGUCUUCAAAUAGCCACCCAGAUGUAUCAUCAAGUAAUCCAUUAUAUGUAGGAGGACAAAACAAAAAAGAGAAAAGAAAACUAGAAAAAAAUAAAUAUGAUAAAAUUGAGGAAUUAGAAAAAUAUAUAAACAUAAGCAAUGCAACAAAUGUUUCUUCAUUAAGAAUAAAAUUAUGGGAAGCUUUAUUACUAUAUAUAAAUAAUUUGAAUGUAGAAUUGGUUUAUUUUAUUAUUAAUUGCUUGGAAUCAAUAGAAGUAUAUUGGGGUCAAGAAGCAACGGAAAAUUUACAAGAAAUUAUAAAUUUAAUAAAUGACAAAAAAUAUAAAGAUGUCUCUAAUAAAAUUGGGGAUACCUUAUCAAGUUUAUCAGUAACAACUGGAAAAACAGCUGAAGAAAACCCUUUUUUUUAUACCUUAAUAGUUUCAGCAAAAAGAGAAGAUAAUAGUAAUAAUUAUAAUUCCGAUUUAGCAUGUGAAUUAAAUAAAAUAUUACAAUAUGAACAUAAUAGAUUAUCAAAUCAAAAUAAUAAUAAAAAAUUAGAAUAUAAAAUUAUUGAAGUAAGUAAUGCAAAAGAGGCAUUAUUAGCCUGCUUAAUAAAUUCACAAAUAUUGUCAGUGGUAUUAGUAGAUAAUUUAACUAUUGAUGAUAAAAGUGUAAAAGAAAAAGAACAUUUUAGUUUCAAUGAAGAUAAUUCGUUAAAUAACAACUGUGUAAAUAAUUCUUACUUGAAUUGUAGUGGAAUAAACAAUACAAACAAAAUAUCUAUGGCUCACAGUAUGCGUAAUAGCUCAGUACCAAAUAAUAAAGAUAUCAGAAACAUACAAAGUUAUAGAAAUAAUAGCAAUAAUAAUAUCAAUGAUAAUAAAAGAGUGAGUGGGUUUAUAAAAAAUGAUUAUAAGUUUGAUAUUAAAGAUUUUGUAUUAGGAUAUGAACAACUUGUGCGUGCACCUAUAGAAAAAAUGAAAAAGGGAUUUAAUAGUUUAGUAGUAUUGAUUAAAAGCAUAGCAUAUAUUAGAAGUUCAGUAGAUAUAUUUUGUGUUUGUACUUCUAUCACAUUAGAUAAAUUACAAUCUGUAAAUAAUAUGAUAAUACGAAUUUUUACCACACAUGAUGAUCAUAGCGAUUUGCAUGAAUCUAUAUUAGAUGGAGUAAAAAAGAAAAUAAAAACUCCUUUUUUUAAUGCUUUAAAAUCAUAUGCUGAAAGGCCAAUUGGUGUAUUUCAUGCAUUAGCUAUAAGUAAAGGAAAUAGCGUAAGAAGAAGUAGGUGGAUACAGUCACUUUUAGAUUUUUACGGAGUUAAUUUAUUUAAAGCUGAAUCAAGUGCUACUUGUGGAGGUUUAGAUUCUUUGCUAGAUCCUCAUGGUUCUUUAAAAGAAGCUCAAUUAAUGGCUGCACGAGCAUAUGGUAGUAAGUAUUGUUUUUUUGUUACUAAUGGAACAUCAAGUUCUAAUAAGAUAGUUAUGCAGGCUUUAGUAAGGCCAGGUGAUAUUAUAUUAGUUGAUAGAGCUUGCCAUAAAUCCCAUCAUUAUGGUUUUGUCUUGUGCCAAGCUCUCCCAUGCUAUUUAGAUCCUUAUCCUGUAUCGAGAUAUGGAAUUUAUGGUGCAGUUCCUAUAUACGUAAUUAAAAAAACACUAUUAGAAUACAGAAACAGCAAUAAAUUGCAUUUGGUAAAACUAUUAAUUUUAACAAAUUGUACCUUCGAUGGUAUAGUUUACAAUGUGAAGAGAGUUAUAGAAGAAUGCCUUUCAAUAAAACCUGAUUUAAUUUUUUUAUUUGAUGAAGCAUGGUUUGCUUAUGCAUGUUUUCAUCCUAUUUUAAAGUUUAGAACGGCUAUGACCGUUGCUGAUAAAAUGAGAAGUAAGGAACAGAAAAAAAUUUAUUAUAAGAUUCAUAAAAAAUUAUUAAAAAAAUUUGGAAAUGUUAAGAGUUUAAAUGAAGUUUCAGCAGAAAAAUUACUGAAAACAAGAUUAUAUCCAAACCCUUCUGAAUACAAAGUACGAGUUUAUGCUACUCAGUCAAUUCAUAAAUCAUUAACAUCAUUAAGACAAGGAAGUGUUAUAUUAAUAAGUGAUGAUAAUUUUGAAUCCCAUGCUUAUACUCCAUUCAAAGAAGCUUAUUAUACACAUAUGUCAACUUCUCCUAACUACCAAAUAUUAGCUACUUUAGAUGCAGGGAGAGCUCAAAUGGAAUUAGAAGGAUACGGAUUAGUGGAGAAACAAGCAGAAGCAGCAUUUUUAAUAAGAAAAGAAUUAAAUGAUGAUCCAAUGAUUUCUAGAUACUUUCGAACUUUAAACUCAGAAGAUUUAAUACCAGAUAGCUUAAGACAGUGUGCAGUUUCUUAUAUGAAAAAAAAAGAGAAAAAAAUGAAAGAUUAUUACUCUUCUGAUUCUAAAUGUAGUGGUAAUGUAACUUAUUCUUGUAAUUCUAACAGUCAAAUGAAAGGGUUAGAACUAUCUGAAAACAUGAAGUAUCCUAUACAAAAUAUGAACAUUUCUUAUGAAUAUACAAAUGCAAAUAAUGCUAAUAAUAAUAACAAUAAUAAUAAUAAUAAUAAUAAUAAUAAUAAUAAUAAUAAUAAUAAUAAUAAUAAUAUUAAUAAUAAUAAUAAUAAUAACACUUUUUUACAGAAUGAUUUUAUAAAUAAUAAUGCACAAGGAAAUAACAAUAUAGAAAUAAAUAAUGGUACUAGAUCCAACAAUUCUCCAUCUGUUAUUUUGAAUAAUAAAAACGAAAAAAGUCUAAUUGUACAUGAAAAUAAUUCUAAUAACGCUUAUGUUGAUAACUCUAACACAAAAAUAAAUAAUAGUUUAAGAAAAAGAAAGGAAAAAAAUUAUAAAGUCGUAAAUUCCUUAACAUAUGAUAGUAAUUUUAGUGGAAACACAGAUAACGACAAUUUAAGUUUCUUAGAAAACAAAAAUAAAAAUUAUAAUAAUUCUUCAUAUUCGGGUGGUAUGAAGAAUUUUCUCGAAUAUUUCGAAAGUUCUUGGUUGAGUGAAGAUGAAUUUGUUUUAGACCCAACAAGAAUAACUCUAUUUACUGGUUACUCAGGAAUAGACGGAGAUACAUUUAAAGUAAAAUGGUUAAUGGAUAAGUAUGGUAUUCAGAUAAACAAAACAUCAAUAAAUAGUGUUUUAUUUCAAACAAAUAUAGGUACAACAGGAUCUUCUUGUCUAUUUUUGAAAAGUUGUUUAUCAUUAAUUUCUCAAGAAUUAGAUCAAAAAAAAAGUUUAUUCAACGAAAGAGAUUUAAAUCAAUUUAAUGAAAGCGUGUAUAAUUUAGUAUCUAAUUAUAUUAAUUUAUCAGAAUUCAGUGAUUUUCAUCCACUAUUCAAAAAAAAAUAUUCAAAUCCAAAUAUAUUUAAUAGAGAAGGAGAUUUAAGAAAAGCUUUUUAUUUAGCUUAUGAAGAAGAUUAUGUAGAGUAUAUUUUAUUGAAUGAUCUAAGAGAAAGAAUAAGACAAAACGAAAUGAUUGUGUCUGCUAGUUUUAUUAUACCAUACCCCCCUGGAUUUCCUGUAUUAGUCCCAGGACAAAUUGUCAGUCAAGAAAUUGUUGAUUAUUUAUCGGGUUUAAGUGUUAAAGAAAUACAUGGCUAUGAUGAAAAUAUGGGAUUUAGAUGUUUCUAUAAUUUUAUUUUAGAUUAUUUUUAUAAUAUAGAUACAGCAGAUUCCUAUAAUUGUUAUCAAAAAAUUGAUAAAAAAACUUACAAUCAAUUAAAGUUCAUGAGUUUAAGUAAGAAAAAAUAUAUAGAAAACAUUUAUGAUUUGUAUAUAUAUGAUAAUGAAACUAAUAAAGUGAAAAAAUUAUAUUUAUGUAAUGGAAAUAUUUCUAAAGAAAAUCCUUCCAUAGGUGCUAAUUAUAAUUGUGAUAGUUAUCAAGAUGUAAAUAAUAACAUAAUAAAUGUGCAUGAAAAUUUAAAUAAUAAUAAUAUUGUGAAUAACAUAAAUGAAAAUAAUGGUAAUCAUUGUGUAAAUAAUAAUGUAUAUAAUCAUUUAAAUGAUAGCGAAGAAAAUAUUUAUCAGUUAAAUGAAAACACAGUUAAUAAUAAUGUUUUAAAUUUUAAUAAAGGCACUACUAUUUCACCAAAAAAGAUGUCUACAGAAUCAAUUAUACAAAAUGAAAAUAAUGAUAUAAUAUUAGAAGAAAAAAAAAAAAUAAAUAAAUUUUAUAGCAAUAUAAAUCAUAUUAAAAAUGAAGAAUAUAAUGCUUUUCUAAAUAGAAUAAAAGAAGAAAACGAAUUAAAAUGUCAGGAAAAUGAGGCAUAUGCAAAUAACAGUAACAACAAGCAUUUACCUAAUUUUAACAGAAUUCAUUCAGCAAACUACUACGAUAAAACCAAGUUUAAAAAUUUAGUUUAUAGUUCUGAUAACUAUAAAAAAAAUUAUAAGAAUUACAAACACAAUGACAAUAAUGUUAAUAAUAGAAAUAAUGUUAAUAAAAAUUAUUUUAAAGAGCAAAAGAGGGAUUUUAGUAAUAGUAUACCUCUGAUAAGAGAUUCUAAUAUUAACAUAAAUGCGUUGAAUAGUAAUGAUAAUUCUAUAACUGAUAUUAAAUUGAAUAAUGAAGAAAAAAGGAAUAUGACAAGCAAAAAUAACAAUAUAAUUUUUGAUAAUGGUAAUAACAAUAUUAAUGAUAUAAACAAUAAUUUUAAUGAUACAAAUAGCAACAUUAAUAAUAUGAAUAAUUUUAUUAAUGAUACAAAUAACAAUAUAAAUAAUAUAAACAAUAAUAUGAUUAAUAAUAUGAAUAAUUGUGUGAGUAAUAACAAUUUAAGCAGUAAUGAGAUUAAUAGUAUUUAUAAUAAUAUACAUACAUUUUCAGAUACUUCUCAUUUAAAGAAAACAAAUAAGUUUAAUAAAAGCGAUGACGGGAGAUAUAGUAAUAAAUUAACCGAUUUUAUUCCUAAAUUAAAACAGUCGAAUAUAAUUUUAUAUAAUAAAAUAAAAAAGAAUGCUUUACUAAUGCAAAAAAAAAAUGUAAAUAAUAUGAAUUAUUUUAAUGAUUAUCAUUUAAAGAAUAAUUACAUGAAUGAAAAAAAUAAUAAAGAUUAUGCAUAUUACUCAGAUUCUAGUAAAAAAAUAAAUGGAAAUAUACGUAUAAAGCAUAAUAACGGCUUUCAAGAAAAAAAUAAAUUUGUAAAAGAAAACUUACUUGAGUAUAAUAAUAAUAACAAUGCAUUUACAUUAAAUAAUUUUAAUAAAAUAGAAAAUAAUAAUGAGAUAGAUAAUAUAAUAUAUCCUGCUAAUUGUAUAUCAAAUAUAAAUAUAGAAAAAAAAGAUUUAUAUAAGAACAAUAAUAAUUAUAUUAAUAAUAAUAGCAAUAAUAUAAGUAUAAAUGAAAAAUUAGUCUAUAAUAUUAAUUAUUAUUCUGAUCAAAAUAUAAAUGAAAGUAUUGAAGAAAUAUGUAAAACAAGUGAGUUAAAUAUAAGAGAAUCAGAAAGAAAUAUUAUAAACAAUGAAAUGCUUGAUAAAAACAAUUUCUGUAAUAUAAAUAAUCAUAUGAAUAAUUUAAAUCCAUUAAAUAAUUACAAUUAUGCAAAUGAUCAAAUGAUCACUGAAAUGAACUAUAAUAAUGUUAAUGAAAAUAAUAGCAACAAUAAUAUAAAUAAUCAUAUGAAGAAUGAGUUAGCAUUUAAUGGGAAUAGUUUUCAUUAUCAAGAAAAUGAAAUUAAAAAAAAUUCUAUACUUAGAGAAAACGAUGUAGAUAAAAAUUCAAGGAAAUCAAAUACAUUAAAUAAUAAUAGCUAUAUAAAUAACCUUAUAACAAAUGUAGAUGAUGAUGCCUUUGUUCAUAAACAAGGAAAUUUUUUCUUAGAAUGUGCUUUAACCAAUUCAGAAAUUAACUGUAGCUCUUUUGAAAUGGAUGCAUCAUUAAAUAAUAUUUAUUCUAAUGGAGAAAGCAUAAAGCAACACAUUGAAUAUGAUAAUGAUAAGAAAAAUUAA